ACCAGAGCACUGAGAACCAGAGCACUGAGAACCAGAGCACUGAGGACCAGAGCACUGAAGACCAGAGCACUGAGAACCAGAGCACUAAGAACCAGAGCACUGAGAGCCAGAGCACUGAGAGCCAGAGCACUGAGAACCAGAGCACUGAGAACCAGAGCACUAGGAACCAGAGCAAUGAGUUCCAGAGCACUAAGAACCAGAGCACUAGGAACCAGAGCACUAGGAACCAGAGCACUGAGGACCAGAGCACUGAGGACCAGAGCACUGAGAUCCAGAGCACUAGGAACCAGAGCACUGAGGACCAGAGCAGUGGGAGGCCAGCCUCCCGCUCUCCUUCCUCCCCACAUACCCCUCCAUCUCCCCUGCUCUGCUCAUCUCUGACCCCUCAUCCCGUUAACAGUGAUCUCAUUGUCUCACCCGGUGCUUCACCAAAGCCUUCAUCAGUCUGUCGCCCUUCCCCUCCUCUUGUCUCGUUGCGUCGCCCAAAAUCCGAUCUGCAAAAUUCGGCGACUGAGACACCACCGGAUCAGGAUCGGUCUGCACCUGCUUCCCUCUCUGUAUCGGUGUGCGAGUACCCUCUUCCUUGCUCUUCCUCAACCGAGUUACAGAACGGUACUCACUCUCAAGAUCUCACUCUCCCCUCUUCUUCUUCUUCUUCUGGUUUUCCCACUCUCUCCCAUACAUCUUCCUCAAUGCAACCAGAGGAGUAUAAAACUGAGGAUAAGUAUCCUCCUUCCCCUCAACUCUCUGCUCUGAUCCACGGCCCUAAAGGCAAAGCACGCUCUACCUGUCCUAGUGUCCUUCCUCCUGCCUCAUCUCCUUUUCCCUCUCCAAAUGUGGAUCGUCUGUCGAUUGCUACGCCUUCCACACAGUCUGACUCCCUCCCUGCUUCUUGUGGCUUGCCAUCUCUGCUUCCCUUAUCUCCAUCUGCCCUUCCUGAUUGUUAUCCAGCUUCUUUAGUCUCUCCCCCACCAAAAGAGUCCCUUUUACAGAGUCCAGAAAACAAUCACAAAGAUUCCUUUAUUCCAGACUCAAAUGGAACAGGCCUCUGUGAUCCACACAAGGAUGAGGAAGGAACACCCUCCUCUCCCUCCUUUCAGUUGCACAAGAACAAUGCUGCAGCUCCAUCCUCUCCCACUCUGGUCUCCUCUGCGUUUGAGGAGCGUCGCCCCACACUGCCCCGCCUUCCUCCUAACCCUUCCCUUCCAGUUGGUCAGUCUGCCUUGCCAUCGCAAUCACGUGAUUCAGAGGGUCUGCUACAUCCAGCUGUUGGAGGAAUUUCUGACCUGUCUGAGCGGUCCAUCUGCCAACAUGAUGACACCACACACCCUGCUCCAACCACUCCUGUACACAAUAGUAUUCAUGAUGAGAUGAAUCACCUCCCCUUGAACUUUGAGGACACCAAUCAAAGGAGUGGAAACGGAGCCGUCGAGGGCGAGAGACAUACCGAGACUGUGCAGACUCAAGAGACUCUUGUUUACCUCUCGGGUACAGAGAGUUCUGCAGACCUGUCAGAAGGUUGUAGAUUGGUCUCGGGAGAAGUAUGUAAUCAAACAGAAAUAGAUCCGCAGCUCCCGUCCUGUAGUCGGCAUGACGAGCGUUCAACUGGAACUCUACCGGGACGGUGUCAGAAGGAAGUUAAUGGCUCAGAAACUGAUUUACAUGAUGCCGUGCCAGAGGCACACAGUAGGACUCAAGUGGAACCAAAUCUUAUCAAGAUUAAGAGCUUAGAUUGGGAAUUCCAAACUUCAUUGGAUGGCUCGGAAGGUGACACUGGAGAUGGGGAUGCCUUUUUUCAGCAGCUUGAUGCUGAAGGGCGGGUCUAUUGGGCAGAACCUAUCCAGGUGUCCAAUCCGAGCCCUGUGUUUGAAGAGUCAGUCAGCGUUGAAACCUCAGACGGAUCUCCUGGGAAUUCUCAUUUGCCUAGAGGACAAGCUGUUCUAGACUUAUUUACAUCCACAGGCAGCGCUAUCCCUUUGUCUCUGUCAUCGUCAACAACAAUGGACACUGACCAGAUGUCAAGAAAUGCAACUGCCUCCUCAGAUACACCGUCUUCCUUGACCCCAGCUCCAUUCCGACACCCCUCCAAACCCCAGGCUCUCAAGACAUCUGGCCGCUCUGUUUCGGUCCAGAUGUCUUCAUCUCUGUCUUCUCACAUCGUCCAUAGAAAGGAUGUUCCCUAUAAGACUGUCUCAAAACGCACCCUUCUGCCUGGUAGUCUCCCUUUGGACACGUCCACGCCUUUCCGUGCGGUCCAGUCAUGGACAGACCUGCAGAUUCAACGAAACCCUCUCACCAGGAUGGUAUCCCACGGGGCUCUUCAUACCGCCCGAAAGUGUGUCCCGUUAUCCACUCGUGUUACAGAAACAAGACAUGGACCUACGCUGAAGUUUUCUUCGUCUCCAUGUUUCCCGCUGCUGUCUGAUGACUGGCAGUCAGAUCGCUGUCUCCCUGGGAUGACUCCACAUCACCGCAGGAUGUCGGUGUCUGUGGAUAAAGGGAUGUGGUCCGAUGAGGAGGAAGAGGUUGUAAGUAAUGGAAAUGAGGAAGAGGGGAAGCUGUGGAAGGAGAACCAGACGACCACCAUGGCAUGCUGCUGCUCCUGUGACCAUCAGUUUACAUGCCUCACUCAGAAGGGAUACGACAUUCCUUACUCCCCGGGUGAGUUGGAGGAGAUGAUGCUGUGUCUGCAGCAGUUCCGCUCCGUCCUCGGCAACAUGGAGGAGCAGCUCUCCGAAGAACAGGCAGACGUUUACAGCGCUCUCUUGGACCAGGACAGGGAGACGGUUCGGGAUAUAAAGGAGCUGAGGCGAGCAGUGAAAGAGGAGGCCGGAGAGCUGGAGAUGCAGUUGAAUGACCUGGCCGAUCACUACGAUGACGGCUUUAAAAUGGUGUGACGUCCGUCCACCAGAACCUGAAGUUGCCUGAAGUCUUCCAUUCAUUGACGCAUAUGACCAUCUUGUCAGUCAGUCUUUGGUAUAACAAGUUCUUCUUUUGUAAAAGAAAAAGUAUGAUUAUUUGUGAAAUAAAUGUUUUUUAUAAUGCACUUUCACUUUAUGAUGCAUGUCUAUGAAAACUAUGCAUACAAAUUCUACUUAAUCAUAAACUCUCCUGGAAAUAAUGAUGGUGUUGUACAUUUCUGCAAACAACAGAAUGUAAUAGACGUAGUCGACGCACAAAGGUAGAGAUUUAAGGAAGUUAAUGAAGGGUGGCUGAGAGGGUCAAACACGGGGCUUUGACCGAGGAGACGGAUGUUCUCGUCCUACGUGAAAACCAACAGUAAGAGUUGUCUUUAUGCUUCUCAAGUAACAUCACGAUUCAAAGCUGACGUGAAACCUAUUCAUGAAAACGUCAACAUGCAUCUUAUCUUGAGGUUUGCAGGAACAUACGAUGUCAAUGUCCUAGGAACGAAAACAGAAGCCACUGGCAUAGAGAUGCUGUUUCGUGUGCUUAUUGGUGAGGUAGAGCAUUUUAAACGAGAGAAUGAAGAUGUUCUAUGUUCAUGUACUCUGAGUUUUUGUUUCAAUGUUAAAAAAACACAUUGAAUCUGUCGCGCUGCUUCUGACAACAGAAACACUUCAGAGCAGGAAGCACCGAUGACCAGAGCAGCGUCCCUCAUCGAGAAUUCAAAAGGCUUUGAAUAGAACGCGGCCAGAAACAAUGCGUCGCUCCCCUGGACGCGUCCACUUCGAAUAUAGAACAUGUUUUAAUGUCUAUCGGUCAAUGUCUACCUCUUGUUAAGAUAAAUCUUAAAUAUCGGCGGUCCUUGUGUGUUCAGGUUACUCAAGUUCAGAAUCACAACAUGUAGUCGCUGUAAUGAGAGUCUGGGAAGAAAUAUUCUGACGUCUGCUUCUCAAGUAUAGACACACGCCUCAUGACUCACCACUCACGCGUGUUAUCGUGUUGUUGCAUGAGGGAGGGGAACGGAGACGUUGGACGGGCCAGUCCUGUGUGAAGGGGGAGGAGAUGAGAAUCUUAGGAUUGUUCUCCGACUCGACGGUUCAGCGCCGAUCCGACGUCAGAUGUGACGAAAUCUGUGUAUUAAAAGGCCGAACAUGGCUUGGGAGAGAGAGUUCUCUUCCCAUCAACCUGUGUGUUGUGGGAGAGACUCGCGGUGUGAUUGCGAGCGCUUGUACUUUGCUUGUGAUCAGAGAAUAAAUCUACCAGAACGAGAGAAGU